AAGCAGUGUACAAAAUACCGUCGGUCUACAAGAACCAUGAUGUCCUGUUGUAAAUUGUCGGUUCUAUCAAUCCUGUGUGUUUGUGCUUGUAUAGUUGGUAACUUGGUAGUAAAGGAAAUAUUAAGAAGAUUGAAAUAAAAGCUUUGACUCCACGAGCUGACUGCGAUUUAAAUCAGUUGCUACCUUUUCCUAACAAAGUGGAUACAGUACAGUGUUCUACAUUUGAAAGGUUUGACGGGCAUUUGGUUCCAAACCGCUCGAUGUGCCAGGUGACAAAAAACGAAACAGUUUUUCAAUACCAUUGUGUCGAAGGUUCUUGGAAAUUUUCAAAAGGAACAGACUUUCAUCUGCGACCAAAACGAUUCUUAGGAUGGAUAAUAGCAGCAGUAGCAGCAGUGGCAUUUGUAACAAUUGUAGUAACAUUUUGUUAUGAAAAGCAUGGAAACAUGUUAUGUGAAGAAAGGGAAGAAAGGGUUAUUGAAGAAGAGCUCAUACCACCAAAAUACACCGUAUGUCCUCCCCCAGACAUUCAAUCACUGUAUAUAGCCGAAAGAAAACAGACGACUGUAAAAGUGACUUGGACGGAUCCUACUGCAACGUAUGACAAAGCCGUUGUUUCCAAUAAACAGACCGGUGGUAUUUUGAAAGGAAAUCCGUUUCCAGGAUUACAUAAAGAAGGGCUGGAACAUUACAUUACCUAUACAGCCUCAGACGGUCGUCAAAGCGACACUUGCUAUUUCUCUAUUCGAGUUAAGUACUUUACUUGUAAUGAUCCCCCAACACCCAUAAAUGGACGGAGAGUUUUGUGUACAGACGGCUACAUAUAUGGUUCAGAAUGUACAUUUGAGUGUUUUGAUGGAUAUGAAACGAUUGGUAGUGCUACAGCAACAUGUCAGCAAAACGAAACUUGGGAUAACACACCGAUGUGUCGAAAGGUAAUAUGCAACCCUCCAUUUUUCACUACUAAUGGAAUCGUAACGUGUGAUGAUACCAAAUAUGAAUUUGAUGAUGACUGUCUGAUCACAUGUGACGAUGGAUUUAAGUUAAGUGGGCCAUCAAAAAUGACAUGUAGGGCGGAUAAGACAUGGUCUGUCAAAAGCAGCGAAGUCAGUUGCGUUGAUGAUGACUCACCUGUGAUAUCUUGCCUGACCCCUCAAGUAUUUUACGCUGAUCGCGGGACUUUAAAUACAUCUGUCACAUGGAUUGGUCCAACGGCCACUGACAACGUUGACGCGAAUCCUUCCAUAUUGCAAACAUUUGGUCCUGCACCAGAAAGCAUUUUGUCAGAAGGUUUUCAUUCGGUUAUAUUUAAAGUCACAGACAAUGCUGGCAAUUCCUUCCCAGCACUAUCUGAAUGCACGAUAGUUUUAGAAAUAAAAGUGAUUAAAUGUUCCACCGGUCCAACUGAUGCGUUAGAUAACUCACGUUUUAUGAUGUACAACUGCAGUGAUAAGUCAUUUUAUAAUGGUGUUUCCCGUUUACUUGACUGUGAUCUUAACCUGCCAUUAAAUGGAACAAAUCUUAUUACUUGUGAACGAGAUGGAAAUACUGACAAAGGGAAAUGGAGCUGGGGAUCUGAACACCAACCGUUUUGUGAAGUGGUUCAAUGUCCGCUAUAGAUCCGCCUACGCAUGGGAGUUUAACGACUGACUCCAUAAAUGCAAGACCUUUACACAUAAUGUCCUGCCAAUCAGGGUAUGAUAUUCCGGCUAUGGGAUCCCAAUUCCAGGGAAGGCUAUCGUGUCAAGAUAGUGGAAAUUGGUAUCCAUUAGACGCUUUUCCUGACUGCAUAGUUUCGACUUUACCUUGGUUGAGUCUACCGAUGGAAUUGUACUAUGACGGAGAUUGCAAUGACAAUGACACAAAAACACAGAUAAAAAAACAGGUUGUAGACUACUUAGCCGGAGUAGAAGCUGAUGUCGACAACUCUA